GCACGGAUAGUAAAGCUAACGGAGGCAAUACAAACACACAAACCAACACAAACAGCGCGGGUUGUGUGUUCACACGGAAACAGCAGCGUGUUGAUCCGAGUGUCUGCAGCCACUGGUUCUACUGGGACUGCUCCCAGUGAGGAUGUGACGCCACCAGCAAAGAACACAGCCACUGGGUGACGGGAGCUAGCUGACGUUAGCAUUAGCCUGCUAGUUCUUACCGUUAAGCACAAGGCCGCGGGAGAACCAGGAGGAGAACCAGGGGGAGAACCAGGAGGACAGCUGCUUCCGGCUCCAGCUGCACCGAGGAUGUAGGUGAACGUCACCAGACGAGGAACAAACCCACAACUGAGAUCUAACACAACUGGUUCCGCUCAGGUACUCAACUACAUCUGUUUUAAUAGAGCUUUGGGGCUAGCUAGCUUGUUAGCUCUGUGGCUAGCUCGCUAGCAUGAGUGAAGUGACGGAGUCCAGGCAGUCCUCCGCUGACUCUGCGUCGAGGAAGCGGUGUCCGUCCCCGGACCGGGAGGAAGCGGCUGCGGUUCCCAGCAAAACCACUAAAGUUAGCGAUGCAUCAGAUGGAACCGGAGUCACUUCGGAAAGUUGUAGAAACAGUGAAGCGGAGAGUAAGGAGCCAGAUGCUGGGUGUGAAGGCAGCGUGGAGCAGGUAGCUGCAGCCGGGGAGACCGACCACAGUGACCACAACACGAGUGGAUCCCAGGCUGUCAACAAGCCUGAUGACCAGGGUGUCAAGAGCACCGAGGAGCCGCAGCCCUCCGGUGCCCUGUCCCCUGGUGCCCGGUCCUCCGGUGCUCGACCCCCCGCUGAGGCGAGGGAAUCCGCCAACAAGACGCCGGGAGCCGAGCAGCGUCCCGCGGCUCCUGUGGACCAGUCCGACCAGUCCGACUCCGCGGCCAUAGCAGCCGCCAUAGCAGCCGCCGAGGCACUGGCCAGCCUCACCGGCCGGGACGCGGAGGUCAGCCGGGAGACCCCCUGCUCCUCUGAAAAGGUCAAACACCCGAAACCGGCGAGCAAGUUCAAACAGCGAGGGUCGCACCAGCAGUCCCCCAGGGCCGGCUCCAGGACCCAGGCGGCCGCGGCGGACAGCUCCACAUCCGUGCACAGCACCGACCGGGAAGAUGCUGAUGAGGCGGCGGAAGCAGACGAAGGGGACGACUCCAUCUCCGGGUCCUCGUCCACACCGAGCUCCUCUUUCCCGUCGGACAACGAGGACAACGAGGACGGGGAGUGUGCCAUCGUGUCGGUGAAGAUGGCCCCUGAGAUGAGGCAGUCCGUGGCCCUGCUGGCUCAGGUGCAGAUGAGACUGGAAGCCCUGGAGAAGAAGAGUGCCCGGUUCCACCAGCGAGUGGAGCUGAAGAUCAGCCGUCUGCGGAGGCCACAUCUGGAUCAGCGCAGCUCCAUCACCAAAACCAUCCCCGGCUUCUGGGUCACAGCUCUGUUGAACCAUCCACACCUCUCGGCCCACAUCGAUGAGACGGAUGAAGAUGCUCUUAGUUACAUGACGGAUCUGGAGAUCGAGUCUUUCAAGAAUAAUAAGCUUGGCUACAGGAUGCGAUUCCACUUCAGACGGAACCCGUAUUUCCAGAACAACAUCAUCAUGAAGGAGCUGCACCUCGGGAUGGGAGGUAUAAAAGAUGGAUCUCCCAUGUCCUUCUCCAACCCCAUCGUUUGGCAUCGUGGGCAAAACCUGACGGCGCAGAGCGAAGCCCGGAAGUCGUCAGUUGGCGUCUACCAGACGUUCUUCAGCUGGUUCAGUGACCAUAGCAACCCCGGGCAGGAUGAUGUAGCACAGAUACUUAAAGACGACCUGUACCGAGACCCACUGAGAUACUACCUCACUCCACUGUGGGAACCAAGGGAGAACGGCAGUAGUGGGAGCGGACCCAGAGCAGCUGAUAACGGGAAUGGAGAUGAUUGUGUGGUAAUCUCCGACUCGGACGAUGAUCCCGGCGAGGACACUGGUGAAGCUGAACAAGGCCACAGUAAGAGACGAGAAGAGGAGGAUCCAGAGGAGGAAGACGAAGAAGAUGAAGACGAAGAAGAAGAAGAGGAGGAGGAGGGGGAAGACCGGGGGCCAACUGCAGGGAAAACAGAUCAGACAGGAAACGUCACCUCCUCAGAUGAGAGUCCAGAGGAGGAGGAGGAUGGUGAUGCUGAUGCAGGAGAAAUAGUGAUUGACGCCUCUGAUGACAGUGACCAGGAGGAGGAAGAGGAUGAAGCCUAAGAAGAAGAAGAAGAUUUUCUCCUCCAGAAGUCUGUGAGGGACCAGAGACCAAGAAGACAAACAGGAUACUGAAUCGAUUUAAAAACAUACCAGAAUCCUUCUUCCUGGUGUUAGUUAUUAUGCACAGAAUAUCAGAACUUGUGUUUUUUUAUACCUAAAAUUAAUAGAAGCAUUUUAAAUCAGGGUUCCCUGUAAUAAUGAAGCCAAGGCUGCAUGUGUCCCCUCUAUUUUAUACAGUUGGUACUGUGUAUUCUGAUGUACUUUGACUCUCCUGUGUGCAAACAUGUGUUUUUCUACAAGCGCUCCAUGCAAGUGUUCUUCUAUUUAUUGAAGAUCACAUCGUACUUCGCUCACUCGCGUGGGUUAGACUUUAAUUGCCGUAAUUAAAUAAAAAUCCAAGGCAUCGUGAUUAUUAGAUAUUUGAAGAAAGUUCUGGCGGUUUUUAGACGUGACGUGUGGCACCGACAAAAGUGUCACCAAUGGAAUUUGAUAUCAUGACAGUACCUUUCCGACGCACCCAGUACUGAACCAAAAUUUGUUCUCAGGGAUGAUCAUGGUGGUAGAUUUACCGAACAGAACUUUACUGCUUCUCAGACAUGCACACACUCUGGUUAUUGUUGGCUGUGUAUAAGGUAACGUGUUCUCUACUGUAGUAAAUAGGAGCAAAUAUAAUACCUGUGUUUCUCCCUCCUCUCCUGUAUGUUCAGUCUUGUCCCACAUCAGCCUGCACCCCCCCACCCACCCUUGUUAGCCAUCUCUGAUGUCAUUGCAUAGUUUGAUCAAUGUUUCUGUGGAUUUUUUUUUGUAACUCAACCUUAUAAUAAGUAGUAAUAUUGUGUUUUGUAUUAUCUUUUGACAUUUCGUUAGGUUGUAAAUUUAUUCGAAUUUGCUUUCUGAAACAUUUAAGGUUUAUUUCCAUGUUGUAUGUCAUAGGAAUUUUUUCGCUGUCUUUUGACCAAGAUGGUAUUUAUUAUGUUGAUGUUUUGUUUUUUUCUACAUGUCCACAUCAUGGCAUGCCUGUGAGCAUGAAAUAUAAGACAGGAGGAUUUUGACCUAUGAGGCUGCGUGGAGGAAAAGCACAGUGUCGGUAAAUGUAGUUUAACUCACAGCAACACAAUGAGGUGCACUCUUAACAGAACUAGAAUUUGCUUACUUUUCUUAGCAAUGAACUUGUAAAUAAUAUUUCAGCGUUGUCUUUUGGAUAAGACUGUACACAUGUUUAAUGAAUGGAUACAUUUAUCAGAUAAUCUGGAGUUUUUUCAUGAACAUGAUCAGAAAGUUAUAUUUUGUGUGCCGUGUUUUAUAGAACACUGUAGUUUAAAGAUACCUACUCGUUUGUUGCUUUGGUUGAUUUUGUUUUGCUUGGAGAUAAAUGUCCACCUUUUGACUCAGACUUAAUAAAGUAGGCAGUUGUUUCA